AUGAAUUGCCUUUUUGGCCUUAAGUUUGGGGUCUCUCAAAGAGCUCAAACGAAUAUUCGAGGUUUUAUUACUGCAGGUGAUCAGAAAAGCUUUACUCAGGCUCUUUAUUUCGGUGUUCCAUUAAUUUUAAUUCCAUUUAAUAUUGAGCAAAAGUUUAAUGCAAAAGCUGUUGAAUAUACGGGAGUGGGGAUUGUUGUUGAUCAUACAAAAUUUAUUGAAGAAUUUCCUAUUGCCGUUAAAGAAUUGCUAAGGUAA